CCAACGACUGAUCUGUUAAGACCUAUUUUGUGUCGUGAAUGUAAAAAAACUGACCUGUUUACUCCCUCUAUAUUAAAAUACUGGGCGCAGGAACACGAAGACCGACUGGCUGAAAUAAUUUAUCAACAAUUAUCAAAAGUUAACAAUUCUCCUAAAAAACGACAGAGGUUUGUAUCAAAAUUACAGUAG